AUGGUCCGCCCGCGCCGUGCCCCGCACCGCUCCGGUGCCGGGGGUCCCCUCGGAGGUCGCGGCCGGCCACCGCGGCCUCUGGUCGUGCGCGCCGUGCGCUCGCGUUCCUGGCCCGCUGUCCCCCGAGGCCCGCAGCCGCCGCGGAUCCGGGCCCGCUCGGCCCCUCCCAUGGAAGGUGCUCGAGUCUUUGGGGCCCUGGGGCCUAUUGGGCCCUCGUCACCUGGGCUGUCUCUCGGGGGACUUGCAGUGAAUGAACACCGGCUCAGCAACAAGCUGCUGGCCUGGAGUGGCGUGCUGGAGUGGCAGGAGAAGCGGAGACCCUUCUCGGACUCCACAGCAAAGCUCAAGCGCACCCUGCCCUGCCAGGCCUACGUGAACAGGGGCGAGAACCUGGAGACGGACCAGUGGCCCCAGAAGUUGAUCAUGCAGCUCAUCCCUCAGCAGCUGCUGACCACACUGGGCCCCCUCUUCCGAAACUCUCAGCUGGCCCAGUUCCACUUCACCAACAGAGACUGUGACUCCCUGAAGGGUCUCUGCCGCAUCAUGGGCAACGGCUUCGCGGGCUGUAUGCUCUUCCCCCACAUUUCUCCUUGCGAGGUGCGUGUGCUCAUGCUCCUGUACUCGUCCAAGAAGAAGAUCUUCAUGGGCCUCAUCCCCUACGACCAGAGCGGCUUCGUCAACGCCAUACGGCAGGUCAUCACCACCCGCAAACAGGCCGUGGGCCCUGGAGGCGUGCACUCUGGACCUGUUCAGAUCGUCAACAACAAAUUCCUGGCGUGGAGCGGUGUCAUGGAGUGGCAGGAGCCCAGGCCUGAGCCCAAUAGUCGGUCCAAGCGGUGGCUGCCGUCCCACAUCUACGUGAACCAAGGGGAGAUCCUGAGGACGGAUCAGUGGCCACGGAAGCUCUUCAUGCAACUCAUUCCUCAGCAGUUGCUGACCACGCUAGUGCCGCUGUUCCGGAACUCACGCCUGGUACAGUUCCACUUCACUAAGGACAUGGAGACCCUGAAGAGCCUGUGUCGGAUCAUGGACAACGGCUUUGCGGGCUGCGUGCACUUCUCCUACAAGGCCUCCUGUGAGGUGCGCGUCCUUAUGCUUCUAUACUCCUCGGAGAAAAAGAUCUUCAUCGGCCUCAUCCCGCACGACCAGAGCAACUUUGUCAACGGCAUCCGUCGUGUCAUCGCCAACCAGCAGCAGGUCCUACAGCGAAGUCUGGAGCAGGAGCAACAGCAGCGAGGGAUGGGUGGCUAGUGGACUCCCAGGCUGGGCGGGCCACAGUUCCCAGGCGAGGCCCCAGUGGAGACUGGUGAGCAGCACUUGUGUUUGCGGGAAGCAGCAGGGUGGCCCUGGCCUUAAGGAGACCCACUGCAUGAGGCACUGCC